UUGCCCUGCUUCUCCCCUCCGCUGCUAAAUCCCCCCUUUUCUCCUCCAAAAUAUGGAAACCAGUUCCAAGAAGCAAAGAACGGGAAGAACGGGUGUGAGGGGGCAGAGGGGAGGGCGUUUGACUUUGCUGCACUUCUGGUGCAUGUGGAGGACAUCUACUGUGUUAGUGCACAGACUGAGACCAAGUCAAGACAAAAGCAAAAGGAUUGGGGGAUGUCUCUACCAAAGCGGGAGGUGGAGGAAUUGAGACCAUGGGUGGAGCGGACUGUGAAGAAAGUGCUCGGUUUCUCGGAGCCCACUGUGGUCACUGCAGCUUUACACUGUGUAGGGAAGGGGCUGGAUAAAAGGAGGACAACAGAUCAGCUCCGUCCCUUCCUUGAUGACUCUGCUGGAGGUUUUGUGGAGCGUCUUUUUGAGGCUCUUGAGGAGAGCCGCAUUGCCCGAGGCAACAAAGGAGCAGGAGAAAAGAAUCGCAAGAGAGAGCUGAAGGUUAUAAACUUUGAGUACCCAGACUUUAUCGUUACUGAGGUUUUUGGAGAAGAAGCUGACACAGGAGUGAUUCGAGAAGCCCCCGACCCGGGAGAUGGGACAAUUACAAAGAAGAAACGAAUCCCUCGCUUUCAGGAAGUGGAGGAGCCUGAGGUCAUACCUGGACCACCAUCCGAGAGCCCUGGAAUGCUUACUAAAAUGCAGAUCAAACAGAUGAUGGAAGCAGCAACAAAACAGAUAGAAGAGAGGAAGAAACAAUUGAGCUUUGCCUCUCCGGCCUCCACUGCAACACGGUUUGCUCUUCCAACCCCGCAGUCGCAGCUGGAGAGCCCAGCAGUCUCGCGGCUUUUUGGCUCCUCUCCUUUUGCAGCUGCUGGUGGUGGCUCUUCCAUCGGCCCCUCCCAGGCUGCCAGCUUCAUGAAUGAUGCAAUCGAGAAAGCCCGCAAAGCAGCAGAGCUGCAGGCCCGCAUCCAGUCCCAGUUAGCCAUGAAGCCUGGUAUCCUUGGGACAUUGGGUAACACCGGGCCUCACAAUGUAGUCGCACUAGCCAAUCUUCAUGCCAUGGGAAUUGCUCCACCAAAAGUAGAAAUUAAGGAGGUGAACAAGCCAACACCUCUCAUUCUAGAUGAGAAGGGAAGAACUGUAGAUGCCAGUGGCAAAGAGAUUGAACUGACACAUCGUAUGCCCACACUCAAAGCUAACAUACGAGCAGUGAAGAGGGAGCAGUUCCGUCAGCAGCUGAAGGAGAAGCCUGGAGAUGAUUUGGAGUCCACAUCGUACUUUGACCAGCGUGUGCUCAUCACGCCCGCACAGCGUACACGCAGGGGCUUUAAAUUUCACGAGCAGGGGCGCUUUGAAAAGAUUGCCCAGAGAAUUAGAACCAAGGCCCAACUGGAGCGGCUGCAGAAUGAGAUUGCACAGGCAGCGAAAAAGACAGGAAUUCAGGCUUCCACCAAACUGGCACUCAUUGCCCCUAAAAAGGAAAUUGGUGAAGGCGAGGUGCCUAACAUUGAGUGGUGGGACUCUUACAUCCUGCCUUACAAUAUACCCAUAACUUCACAGACUAAAUUUGAAGAGUUGGAACUAUUUGGUGUGACCAACUUGGUUGAACAUCCGGCCCAAAUGAGUCCCCCAGUUGAUACAGAUAAGCCAGUUACGCUGGGUGUAUAUUUAACAAAGAAAGAACAAAAGAAACUGAGGCGACAAACAAGGAGGGAGGGACAAAAGGAAGUGCAGGAGAAGGUCCGCCUGGGUCUAAUGCCUCCACCCGAGCCAAAAGUUCGUAUUUCCAAUCUGAUGAGAGUCUUGGGGACAGAAGCAGUUCAAGACCCCACGAAAGUAGAGGCCCACGUGAGAGCACAGAUGGCCAAGAGGCAGAAGGCUCACGAAGAGGCCAAUGCUGCUCGUAAGCUCACAGCAGAGCAGAGGAAAGAGAAGAAGGUUAAAAGGUUAAAAGAGGACCUCAAUAAUGGUGUUCACAUUGCAGUCUACAGGAUCCGGAACCUUCAAAAUCCUGCAAAGAAGUUUAAAGUGGAGGCUAAUGCCAACCAGCUGUACCUUACAGGCUCAGUGGUGCUGCACAGAGACGUCAAUGUUGUUGUGGUAGAAGGAGGCCCAAAGUCCCAGAAAAAGUUCAAGAGACUCAUGUUGCACAGAGUCAAAUGGGAGGAGCACAACAGUAAAAGAGAUGAUCCAGAUGGUGACGACGAUACAAGGAGGAACAACAAGUGUUGGUUGAUUUGGGAGGGAACAGCAAAGGAGCGUAGUUUUGGGGAGAUGAAGUUCAAACAGUGCCCCACAGAGAACAUGGCCAGAGAACACUUCAGGAAACACGGCACAGAACACUAUUGGGACCUGGCGCUCAGCCAGAGUGUAUUGGAAGGCUCCGAUGACUGAAACCUCCCAGUGGGGACAGCAUAUUUUCAGCCACCUCUACCUUCAACCCUGCAGAUCCACUGCCUCUGAACUACCCCGCACUAAAGUCUGCUGGGUGGGCCACAUGCUUACAUAAGAGACUUGAACAUAGUAAAGGAGGAAGAAUAAACUUGCUUGGAUGUUCUUAUGAGAAUGUCUGUGAAUAGGCGGCAUGUGUGUAGUAGGUCUGCACCAGGUGGUUUCUUUUGUGAUAGGCUAUUCUGUCUUUUUUUGUUGUUGUUGACAGAUAGCUCCAUGCAAUGUAUAUCAGUCACCCAAAGCAGAUGUGAUGAACUGAAUUUGGUUGUAUUAUGACUUACUUUGUGUGAUUAAGACCCCCAUGUAUGCUCAUCACCCUUUGAUUUAAACAGUGAACACAUGACCCAUAUGUUAUAAACAGCAUGGAUGAUGUGCUAAGACUUAUGGAAAAUAAGGGGGGUUGGGGGGUAAUGACUUACAGAUACAUUUCACAGAGGUUCAAGUCCUGUUUUUUUUUUUUUUGUUGAGAAAUUAGCAAAGUAUGGUGUCUGCUGUAGCUAUAUUUCUCUGUAACAUUACAGCGACC